ACGGAGAGAAUAAAAACAGUUCACCACACUAAAACGCCUACUUUACUCCACAACUAUGCAAUCAGCAAACUGCAAGCUGUUUUUUCAAUUUUUCUUUCUCUUUCAUUUAUUCUUCAGUUUAACCAUCAAAGCAACUCACAACUCAUCAUCAUCAUCAUCAUCAUCUUCUUCUUCUUCUUCUUCAGCAAUCAUAUCCAGAUUCCAAAAAUAUCUUAGAAUAAACACUGCUUAUCCAAAUCCCAACUACUAUGAAGCUGUUGAUUUCAUUCUUUCUCAAGCUAGAUCUUUAUCCCUUGAAUCCCAGACUUUUGAAUUUGUCAAAAAUAACCCAUUAGUCUUGCUCAAAUGGCCUGGGAAAGACCCCAAUUUGCCAUCAGUACUCCUCAAUUCUCACACCGACGUCGUUCCGGCUGAACCUGACAAGUGGGUUCAUCAUCCCUUCAGUGCCCGCAUUGAUUCUCAUGGCAAUAUUUAUGCCAGAGGUUCUCAGGAUAUGAAAUGUGUGGGUAUGCAGUACUUAGAAGCUAUUCGGAAGCUUAAGCUUUCAGGGUUUGAACCCAAUCGUACUAUCUAUUUAUCAUAUGUGCCAGACGAAGAAAAUGGAGGACUUGAUGGUGCCAAGAAGUUGGCGGAGUCUGAUGUGUUUGAAAAAAUGAAUGUGGCCUUCAUUCUUGAUGAGGGAAUGCCAUCACCAAAUGAAAAGUAUCAGGUCUUUUAUGCCGAGAGGUCGUUGAUGUGGUUGGUGAUUAAGGCAACCGGGUCACCUGGGCAUGGAGCCAAGCUAUACGACAAUACUGCAUUAGAGAAUUUGUUGAAGAGUAUUGAGAUUAUACGGAGUUUUCGAGAAGCACAAUUUGAUAUGGUAAAGACAGGGUUAAAGCCUGAGGGAGACGUGGUUUCAGUAAAUAUGGUGUUUCUGAAAGCUGGCAGACAUACUCCAAAUCAGGGUUUUGUCAGGAAUGUGCAACCUUCUGAAGCUGAAGCAGGUUUUGACAUUCGGGUUCCACCAACCGCUGACCUUAAAUCACUUGAAGUACGUAUAGCUGAGGAGUGGGCCCCAGCUUCAUGCAACAUGACGUUUGAGUUUGUUCAGAAAGAUCCUUUGCUUGACAAAUCUGGCAAGCCAAUCAUGACAAAUGCUGAUAGUUCAAAUCAUUGGUGGGUCCUGUUUAAAGAAGCUGUCCAAAAUGUUGGUGGAAAACUUGAAAAGCCAGAAAUUCUCCUAGGCUCAACUGAUGCCAGUUUCUUUAGGCAGCUAGGCAUACCAGCUAUAGGAUUCUCUGCCAUAUCAAAUACACCAGAUCUAGUACACGAUCACAACGAGUUUUUAAACUUAGAGGAAUAUAUGAAAGGAGUUGACAUAUAUGCAUCGAUCAUCAAAGCUUAUGCAUCUUCUACUGUGCAUCCUGAGGUUCUUAGAGAUCAGUAAAAAAAACCAGUUGAACUUGGAAAACUCGGUUUGCUUUCUCUAUAGUCAUCCACCAACUUCUGUUUUCAAAUGGAAGCCUAAUGAGCAACACAAAUUUUCACUAUUUAGCUAAUGCUUUCAUACAAGUGAGUGACAGGGUUGUUCAAUCUAAUGGGAAUUUGGAGUAUUAAUAAAGGCAAUUUCAUUAAUGUUUAAUAUGUCCAAUACGAACAAUAACUUGAGUAUUGGAUCCUGUGCAUUUGGAGCACAUACAACUUUCUUAGG